GAUAUUCUUCAUAAUAGCAGUGCACGUGUUAAAAAUGCAUCUGCGUACCGAACCAAAUUCGAAGCAACUCUACCCGACAUAAUGGAAAGCUUCAAUGAUCUGUAUCGAAGCAUAACUGGAAGAAUUACCGCUGAGGCUCUAAAAGAACGGGUUCUCAAAGUACUGCAAGUAUGGGCAGAUUGGUUUCUCUUUUCAGACGCAUACAUAUAUGGACUACGUUCCACAUUUCUCCGAUCAGGAGUAUCUGGUGUUACCUUAUUUCAUUCUAUCUGCGGUGAUGCACCUGAAAUAGAGAACAAAAGUUCCGUUGACAACAAGAGUGAUAUUGGUAAGAUCAAUCCAGAUGCUGCGCUGGCAAUAGGCAAAGGAGCUGCAAGGCAA